AUGCUCGACUGCUUCGGCGGCGACUAUCCCUCGGUUGAGUGUGUGGACAAUUCAGAGGAUGCCACGUGCCUGGACUUGUCCACUGAUAUGAGGAGAGAAGGCGGAGAGAUUGACGAUUUCGAUCUCAUGGCUGGCAACUAUCUCUUCUACGUCCAAGAGUCUCUGAAGGAGGAGAUGCAGGCUCGCUUUGCAGAGGGGGAGUACACGAUGACGCGCUGCCCCUUCGGUACCAUGACGCCCAGCGAUGGAGAAGUUGACUUGCGGCAGUGCGAGAAGAGAAGCUCGCCCACGGUUUCCUACCUGCUAGAGAGCUUGGACAUGAUCGUGCAGAGGAUCAACCCGGUGGACACAGCAGCUUCGCCCAAGAAGUGGGUCAAGUCAGCAGGCGAUCCGGAAAUCAACGAAGGGGAGUUCCGGCCCGUCUACGCAGCCACUGCGGGAAGUGUGACCCUGGUCACCUUCGACGUGCGGCACUUGCCCCAAGAGACGGUCUACGGGAAGCAUUGGCGGAUUAAGUUCUACGUGGGCUCGGAGCUUGACCCACUCUACAGCGACCCGAUCGAGUGCCAUGCCCUGGUCGCUGCGAGGACACCAGAAAAGAGAGAUCUCGACGUGAAGAUCGCAAAGAGCCGUGGCUGUGCAGAGAUUUCUUUGCCGCCGGCCUUUGAGCAGGAGGGAAAUGAAAGGGGUGAAGGAGGCCUGGCAAACGGAGUCUUCACCUUCUUGCUCCAUCCCAUCGUGGACAUUGAGUGGCGCGUGGAAGUUCAGAUUGUGGAUGGUGUGUACCAGCCGGAUGCUUUCAUGCUCUUAAGCUCAGCGCUUGUGGAGUACGCAGAGCCGGCGCGCGCGGAAGUUGGUACCAAGAAGGCCUUUGCCAUUAUGCUGAACUCCGACCUCCAGAUCGAGCUGCCGGCGAACAUGCCUCUCAAGUCCUUCGAAGAGGGGGCGAAUCAGCAGAUCCUCACGCAGGUCUUCCUGAACUGGCUUCCCUUGGAGAUGAAGUUGGAGAAUUACAUGCGACCACUCUUCUCAGCAGUCGGAGGUGGUGAGCUGGAGUACGUCUUCGAAGACAAGUCUCAGUAUUGGGCCGACUCGACGGAGAUCUUCCUGCCCUACCUGCCCUAUUUCAGCAACUGCCGUGGCUUCGGGCGCACGAUUCCGCUGUGGGCGAUCACUGAGCAGAACGGAGGUUGCCAGUGGGCUCCCAUUGGUGGCGAGAUUGGGCUCCUAUCACUCGGUAGCCAGGCCAUGGGCGACUCUUGCUCUUUCACGCAAGUGGACUGCAUCCUGGACGAGGUGCCAUCGGUCCGCUUGUCGAACCCACGCUGGUUCGAAGCUGCCACUGGCACCAGACUUUUCGAUGUCACCAAGGAUGCCAGCUUGCCAGCGAAGCUGAACAACUGGGGAGACGAUCCGGUCCCGGUCACAGAGCCCGUCUAUCUGCAGCGAGGCAUUCCGGAGUCGGGCGCUCUGCCACAAAAAGUGACCAUCGCCUUCCAGUACUGGCAGCAAGGUCCUCGGAAGAAGAUGCUUGCAUCUGGGAGGGCAUGGUACUCCGAGUUCAUCACACCGGAUGUGGCAGUGCAGUCCGGAAGAGCACCCUUCGAGUACAAGCUUUCAGUGCUCUACUACCCCAUGACCCACUUCGAAGUCAUGGUCUAUUUCGCGUUCCCAAUGGAGUUCUACGUGGGAUUCUACCUGUGCAUGGGCGUGCUAAGUGUGGCAAUGGUCCUGGUGCUGUGGGGCUACCACCGCUUCAUGUGCCGGCUCUCUUAUCCUCCAAGGUUGAUCGACUUUCGACAUUGGACGCUUUUCGCGGUGCCACAGCUUCGGGCAUUCAUCAUGGUGUUCUCCAUCUUCUUCACGCCGGUCUUCAUAGGAGUUGGGCUCCUGCAGGGAGAAGUUGCCGGCAACCGGCUGCCGUGGCAAAAUUGUCCCCAAGGGAGCCUCAAGGAAGAGUGCUUCUUGGGCAUCUUGGAGAUGAUCCCAAGCUCCUACGACCCGGAGACCGAAGUGAGUGCGACCAGUUUUGGUGAGCGCCGCACGGGACGGAUAGGCACGUUGAUGAUCUGCCUCGCGGGCUAUGCCAUCUCAGCCUCUUUGAAGCUGCUUGUGCCAGCUGCUGUCAGCAACUACUACAAGCGCGAGGACAAAUCAGGUGCAAACAAGCUCAGGGAGCUCAUCAAUGAGGAGCAGGCCGAAGAAGCGGCGAAGGGAGAGCGAAAUGAAUCGGAGACUGAGGCUCAGGUGAAUCCCGAGCAGGAGGAGGAUAGCGAGCUGCCUCCAAUCUUCACGACAAGCCUGUGGAAAAGGUCUGCCCUUGCAUUGCUGGUCUACGGCAACGUGGCGAUUCAGAUCGGCUUGAUGCGCGGAGCCUUCUCGGACGUGUAUCGUGACAACAUCAUGUUCUUCCUGCUCGGACUCUUUGCUCUUCGCAUCAGCAUCAAAGUUGCUUGCACCAGCUUCAUGUGCGAGCUCAUGCUCACGGUGCCCAUUGCCAUCACCAACCAGACUAUGGCCGUGUUCACGCUGCUCGCGGCACCGACGCUCUUUGACUUCUUGGUCAUGUACGUGGCCUUGAUCGGCCUUCAGAUGAUCGAGAGGAUCUACAUCGGCCCCAACGAGGAUGUGGUCAUGGGCAAGCUGGCGCAGUGGAAGCGCACCUUCGAUGGCUACAUGAAGUCCCUGAGCGCGGCGAAGCCCAAGAAAGCUGAUGACGAUGAGGAGUCUGAAGACGAGAAGAAGUUCGAGGACCAAGACAAGCUGGAGGUGGAGGGCGAGACCGAGGAGAUGGUCUCCUUCUUGGCCACCGUGUCUGCAGACUCUAUCGCCAACUUGGUGGUGCCCACUUUCUAUGCGUUCUGCAUGUUGAUGUUCGAAGAGUCCCGGGUGCUCAGCAACUUCAGGAUUCCGCAGCACAAUGCCGAGUUCUACUUGUAUUUCUACAUGCUGAUGCUCCCUUUCCAGAUGAUUGCCGAUCGAAUUUGCUUCAACAUUGUUGAGUGCUAUCACGGCUGGAAGGUCACGGACUAUUUGGAGUAUUGCGCCUACCGUUUCCUGGUCCGAACGACCGACUGGAAGGGCAAGGACAACAUCCUCGACCAGACGCUCUCACCGCACGUGCGCUCCAUUGACCAAAUGUGCUUCUCGGACCAGUUUUACUUCGUCUGCCUCAUGCAGUGCAUUGGGGCUAUGUCAUUGGUCUUCGGAAUGCAGAUUAUCUUCGAAGCUGGGUGGAACAUGUUCGAGGAUCCGGCGACUCCCGUCGUCCUCGGGUACGCCUUGUGCCUGUGCCGAGGCACAAGCGCCAUGACGGGGGUCUCUGCGGGAUACUUGAAGAUCUGGGUGGUCCGCUACCGCACCUGGGCAGAGACGGGCUACCAGCAGGCGAUCAUGAAGAAGAUGCAGGCCAUGUCCGGCAGCACCGCGGACGAGAAGCCUCCACCACCUCCAGCCGGCUCUGUGCACGAUGGCUGGCCAGAGCCAGCCCACUACGACAAGCACGGCAUGGAAAGGUACCGGGUCGCUUUCCUGGCCGAGAAUCAGCUCUGGCUGCAGGUCGCCGUGUCUGAGAUGAUGGACAAGAGGACCUUGGAAAAGCACCGCCAAGAUCUUCUGGAUGGCUUAGCCUCCAUUGUCAACGAGGUCGCUCCGAAGGAUUACGCGGCGGAAGGUACUGAGGCGGUCGAGAAGGAGAUGUUCCAGUUCGGCGCCCCUCCUUCGAUGGACCUGGCAAGAGCAGCUUCCGAGAUCCAGCGGGAGACGUAUGAGAAUUCUGCUCUCCGUCAGCUCAUGAGGAUGUGGCGAGAGCGUGCCCAGUUCAUGCUCUUCCUGCAGCAAGUAUCGGCGAUGGUCAAGUUGGACAACUACCAGCGCCGUGAUGCUUGCGAGAUUUGCGGAAAGGGCAAAGACGAGCUACCAGUGGUUGUGCUGCCCAUCUACACUCUCCUGCAUUUGGCUUCUCUUUACCGAGAACAGAGAGAUAUGUCGCCGUUAUGGAAUACCCCGCUAUGGAAGCACUUCUACCAGACCUUUACUCCAACUUGCACGCUGUGCGAGGAGUGCGCCAAGUAUUACCACAAGCGUAACACCAACAUCCCGGUCAACGAGAAGCGCUACCAGCGUCUGCAGGCGAAGCAGAAGAGUGCUUACGAGAAAGUCAGGGUGAGCGAUUACCCUGUGAUUACCAUGGAGCCAGAAAUGAAGCAGGUUUUGAACCUCUGGCUCGAGUGGACAAGAUGUAUUGUCCGAGACGAGCGUCCACAAGAUUUCCUUCCUCGCUUCGGUAUCGAAGGACGCACUAUGCAGGAGAUCAGGAAGGAGUUGUUGGACAAGGGCGGAGCCGACGACGUGUCGCUGCCGUCAGUCUCGGACAAAGAGGACGAGGCUGCAGCAGCUGAUGAUGAUGGCAUCAAGGACCCUCGCAAGAUCGACUUGGAAGCAGAUGACGACAUUGAACCGAAGAUGCCUCUCAAGGUGCCUAAAUCCCUCACCUGGUCGGAAGAGUCGAUCAUGCGGUCCUGGCUCCACCGCGCCCGAGACAGCCUCCAGGCGCCCCAGACAGUCAAUUGGAUGUAUCCUAUGGAAGCCGGGCCUUCCUCGUCAUCACAGAACGAUGCCCAGGAGUCAAGGUGUUCCAAGAUAAAGCGGCCUCUCGCCAUGGUCCUGAGCACCUGCUUAAAGAACCUCACCGGCCUCAACGACGCGCUGAACUCCGCGGCCGACAGCCCGGAUGUGCCUGUGGCGGCAUCCCACACUUUGAUUGAUUGCAUCGUCUCAGGAAGUAGGGACCACACCAUCAAGGUGAGGGAUGCCGCCACAGGCGCCUGCUUGCGGACGCUCACCGGCCACACCCAUGAGGUUGGCAGUGCAAAGUAUUCGGGGAGACAGGGCGUGGUGAUUCUCCGUGGAACCUUGAUCCUGAGAAUCCUGGCAACGCGGGCACAGCGAGUUCGACGACUCUGCAAUCCUGUGCAGACGAUGCGCGAGCAGGCAGAGCUACUGGUCAGUGACCGCAAAGCUUUGCGGAUUGGGAACGGCGAUCUCGAGUCUCUGAUCUCAGAGGAGGAGCGCGAGACGAUGACUCAGAAGGCUGACACACUCCAACCCUACAGGCAGUAUGUCCUCUUCGCUGCCUUCGGAUUACUCCUGGGGGCUGGAAACGAUUUGUUUUGGCUGGUGUUCCAGCCCUCUUUCUUCACGAAGGGCUUCCUUCCAUCAGGGAGCACAGACGAUUCGCAGUUUGCGCGGCUGCUGGUGAUCUUGGGAUUGGCGGCGGUGGGUGCAGGCCUGUACUACGUGGGGAACGUGGUCCUCGCGCCUGCCGAGUUGCCUUCCGUUGAGGCCGUCAUCAGCGAGGAGGAGUCUGGAGAUUCCGUAGAAGAGGUGGAGGAGAGUCGGAUGUUCUACCGACUGCAGGGCAGGUGGUACUACGGGCUGAACCUCGGUCAGAGCUACUCGAUCUCGAAGUGCCGCGACGGACGCUGGAAGUUCGAGGAGGAGCUCGCUGGCAGGAGGUGCACAUCGACCCUGAGAGUUGUAGGGGACUGGGUCGAGGGCCAUCUCAUCGAUGAUGAAGGCCAGCGCACGGGAACUAUUCGUCUCCAACGAGGUGAAGGGAACGCUGUCCUCUCCUAUUUCCGGGAGCUCGGGAGUUCCAACUGGUCGAACCCGAAUGAGGCCAUCGGCUGGUAA